UACUCCUUGCUGUCUUAGGGAUUUUGCCCUUCACUUCAAGCCGAAUAUCUCACCAGUAUCACUUCAUAAAUAUCAGAAAGAACUGGACUGAGGCUCAGAGAUUCUGUCGUGAGAUGUACACUGACCUGGCGACUGUAAAUAAUGAAGAUGAGAUGAACAAUUUGUUCAAAACCAUAACUGAUUAUUCAUAUGAUGUGUACAUUGGACUUUAUAGAGGUGAAGUGUUCAGAUGGCACUGGACCCUGUCCGACAGUUUCUACAAUGAAGAGAUAUUCAAAAAUAAGAAAUAUAACCACACAGAUAUAAAUAAUAAUGGGGGCUGUGCUGCAAUGGACAAUGAUUGGAAAUGGUUUAACGAUAGCUGUGACUCACAAAAGCAAUUUGUAUGCUUCAAUGCAACAGCCAAUGAAAAGUAUAUCCUGACUGAGAAGAACAAAUCCUGGACGGAGGCCCAAGAGUAUUGCAGAACCUUCCACACAGAUUUAGCCAAUGUCAGAACCUGCACAAAAAAUGGUGUCAAUAACGUAUGGAUUGGACUAUUUAAAGAUGCCUGGUCGUGGUCAGAUCAGAGCAACUUUUCAUUUCGUUUCUGGAAUUUCAGCCAGACGAAACUCAUCAACAGGCACUACAACUGUAUUGUAGUGAUGGUGAACCAAACAGGGAAAUGGAAUGACAUACAGUGCAACACCACUCUGCCCUUCAUCUGUCAUGGUGAUCUUAAACCAGUCACUACACCAGUAACAACAGCCAGACAGAAUCCAAAUACAUCUCUCAAAUUCACUCCUGGACCAGCAACGACACAGUACAGACUUCAAAACACAACCAAGGAGGAAAAUACAAGCAGUCAGUCUACACAAAUACACACUACAGGGAUUUUGCCCUUCACUUCAAGCCGAAUAACUCACCAGUAUCACUUCAUAAAUAUCAGAAAGAACUGGACUGAGGCUCAGAGAUUCUGUCGUGAGAUGUACACUGACCUGGCGACUGUAAAUAAUGAAGAUGAGAUGAACAGUUUGUUCAAAACCAUAACUGAUUAUUCAUAUGAUGUGUACAUUGGACUUUAUAGACGUGAAGUGUUCGAAUGGCACUGGACCUUGUCUGACAGUUUCUACAAUGAACAGAUAUUCAAAAAUAAGAAAAAUAACAAUGCAGAUAUAAAUAAUAAUAGGGACUGUGCUGCAAUGGACAAUGAUUGGAAAUGGUUUAACGAUAGCUGUGACUCACAAAAGCAAUUUGUAUGCUUCAAUGCAACAGCCAAUGAAAAGUAUAUCCUGAUUGAGAAGAACAAAUCCUGGACGGAGGCCCAAGAGUAUUGCAGAACCUUCCACACAGAUUUAGCCAAUGUCAGAAACUGCACAGAAAAUGAUGUCAAUAACGUAUGGAUUGGACUAUUUAAAGAUGCCUGGUCGUGGUCAGAUCAGAGCAACUUUUCUUUUCGUUUCUGGAGUUUCAGCCAGAAGAAACCCAUCAACAGGCACUACAACUGUACUGUAGUGACGGUGAACCAAACAGGGAAAUGGAAUGACAUCCAAUGCAACACCACUCUGCCCUUCAUCUGUCAUGGUGAUCUUAAACCAGUCACUACACCAGUAACAACAUCCAGACAGAAUCCAAAUACAUCUCUCAAAUUCACUCCUGGACCAGCAACAACGCACUACAGACUUCAAAACACAACCGAGGUGGAAAAUACAAGCAACCGUCCCAAAGAUAACCUGAUUCUGGUCCGUGAGAACCUGACUUGGACUGAAGCUGCGAGUUACUGCAAAAAGCACUAUGUGGACCUGGUCUCCAUUCACAGUGAGGAGCUUCAGAACAGGACAGUGAGAAAAGCCAUCCAGGCCUCCACUUCUCAUGUGUGGCUGGGUCUUCGUUACACCUGCAGAUUCGACUUCUGGUUCUGGAUAAAGAACACAGAAGAAGGCUGCUAUCAGAACUGGGUGCCUGGUCAUGGGCCACAUGGAAAAAAGGAGUGUGGGCUGUCAGGAGCUAUGGAGUCCACUGGGGGGGCACCGUUGGUUCGGGAUUCUAGAGAGUGAAAGGCUCAAUUUCAUCUGCCAAAAGUGUGUUGAUGGGAUUUAGCCACAAAAGAGAAGCGACUGAAUGACUGAGAGACUGUUUUUUUGGUAUGUUUGUUAAUUGUAUCAGGUGCUGAAAUGUGAUCUGCGGGGUGCACGGGAAAGUAACUGGAGGAGACAUUUUACAAUAACAAAACCUGACUGUAGUGACGUAGCUUGGUAUAGCUUGGUCUCUGACUCAAUAAACUUCACUCACUAAACAGAAUAUAUAUUCUGUUUAGUGAGUGAAGUUUAUUGAGUCAGAGGCCUGUGACUAUUUACUUAAUAUAAUUCAGCCAAUGUAAAUGUAAUAUCAUGAAGCCAUAUCACCCUGCAGCCCAAGAGUGGUUGCCCACUGAAGCUAAGCAGGGUUGAGCCUGAUCAGUACCUGGACAAGGUACUGCUGGAAGAGGUGUUAGUGAGGCCAGCAGGGGGUGCUUACCCUGUGGUCUAUGUGGAUCCUAAUGCCCCAGUGUAGUGAUGGGGACACUAUACUGUCAAAGACGUUAAACCGAGGUCCUGACUCUCUGUGGUCAUUAAAAUUCCCAGGAUGUCCUUCGAAAAAGAGUAGGGGUGUAACCCCGGCAUCCUGGCCAAAUUUGCCCAUUGGCCUCUGACCAUCAUGGCCUCCUAAUCAUCCCCAUAUUCAUCACUCACAUCUUCUCUCCACCAGUAAGCUAGUGUGUGGUGGGCAUUCUGGCGCAAUAUGGCUGCCGUCACAUCAUCCAGGUGGAUGCUGCGCACUUGCGGUGAUUGAGAAGAUUCCCCCUUCAAUUUAACGCACUUUGAGUGCCCAGAAAAGCGCUCUAUAAAUGUAAGGAAUUACUGUUAUUCUUAAUUAAUAUCUUAAUAUCUUAAAUCUUAAAUAUAAUAUCUGAAAGACAAAGUCACACAUUUUAGUGAAUCUCUCCUGUAGUUAUUUCAUCAUACAUUAAUAUUAAUAAUAUCCAUUAAAAAAAAUAUGGGCUUCUUGUCUUAGACUGCAGGUGAUUUCUCUUUCCAUUAUUACUUUUUUUAAGUCUGAUUAUGCAUUGUGUCAUUUACACAUAUUUGAGUUGCCUU